UUGUUUACUUUUAUUAGAGGGAUGUGUUCGCGGAAAUGAAGCGCGUUGGAUGGAGACGGUGUAAAUGACCCGUUUAAAUGACCUCGUAUUUACCGAUAGAGGACUUUCCGAUGAGUGUGUUGCUCCUGCUCCUAAACAGCCAGUCUGUGUGGGUUAUAUUUCACAUGUGUAAAGCUGAAACCUGAAGUUUGAGCUGAUUAAAUUCUUUUUUUAGUCGCUGCAGUCACUCCCCCGUGUUAAACGAUGCUGUGGGGCACUGGAUAUGAACAUCAUGUACUACAUGUUUAUUUAUAGUCAUUUAUUCAUGAAGACGAGCUUCAGUGCAACAACCCUAAGGUAGCGAUGGUCCUGACGUUGGUGUACCUGUGUGCGCGGGAGGUGGUCAGUGAUCACGGGUUAUCGGCUGCGUGGUUGAGCUGCGUGCCGGGCGAGCUGUACAGGCCGCUGCUGGACGCCGCGUUCGCUCGCUGUCGCCCGCUGGCCGUCGGAGAGCUGGUGCAGCGCUGGCCUGAGCGGACACUUAGCGUCGGGGGACGGAGAAAACGUGACCAUGAGCCACCGAACCGCCUGUGUGUCCAGGCGCUGCUGCUCGCCGUGGUCAGGGGCUUGACAGAUAAGAGGUGUUGCCUGCAGGUGCUGGAUCUCUGCGGGCUGCAGCGCGAGGACGGCCGCUCGGAGGACGCGAUGGGAGGCUGGUCCCUCACCGUCGCUUUGUGCUCCACACUGCUGCAGGCUAGAAACGUCACCACCGCCUCCAGGGGGCGCAAACGAGACGAGCGAGAGAAGAAAAAGAGAGGGCUGGAGACGGAGACAGAGCGGGACGGUGCGGUGAAACGAGACCGAGCCGGACUGAAGAAGGAGGAGGGCGAGAGGAUGGAUUGUGGGGAUAACGCGGCGCCUGCACGAGGGACUUCGACACCGGAAGAGGAGAACAUAACGGGUGUGAGGAGGAGGAUGGAGCUGCAAAGGAGGAACGGAGCCCAGCCGCAGCAGGUUCCCAGCAGAGACGACGUGCUGGUGGAUGUCAGGGCCGAUCUCUUUGUGAACGCACGAUCCUGGGAGCGCGUCCGCGGGGCGCUGAACAUCUCCGGCCCCCUGCGGCUUCGCUGCCGCUUCCUGCGUGUGGAGGAGCUGCCUGCGUCCUCCAUCGCCUCCCUGUUGCACUUACUGCCCCAGGACGAGCUCCUCGGUGUGGACGUGCGCUACUCCAGCCUGGGCAUAUCGGGGUUAGCGCUGCUGUUGCCCCGGUUAGCGCCGUUUCCUCGACUCAGCUCGCUCCGGCUGCACUACUGCAACCUGGACGUACUGCGCGCUCGGCCCGGCCAGCAGGAGGCGCUGCAGGACGUGUCUCGGGGGCUUGGAGAACUGAAGACGCUGCGCAGGCUGAGUCUCACUGCUCUGCGCAUGCCGGGACGCCUACGCCUGCUGCUCAGCUCUCUGUCGGAGCCCCUGGAGGCGCUGGAGCUGCCGUACCUCAGCCUGACCUCCGGUGACGUGGCGUACCUCUCGCGCAGCCCUCACGCGUCCUCCAUUGCCGAGCUGGACCUGAGUGAGAACAGGCUGGACGAGUCGUCUCUGCACUCCCUGUGCUAUCUCCUGGCCCGGGCUGAACGCUGCCUGAUGCGCCUCUCUCUGUGCGGCUGCGGACUCUCGGACGGCCCGCUCAGGGCACUGCUGCCCACGCUGGGGCAAUGCCACGCCCUCCGCAGCCUCCGUUUGGCACUGAAUCCGCUCUCCAGGGCGGCGCUGGUGGAGUUAGCGCGGGCUGCGGCAGGCAUCGACUCCCUGAGGCUCCUCCUCUACCCUAACCCACUGGAGGAGUACGAGCCCGGGCUGCCCCCCCUGCCCUCCAGCACACAGCUCCUCGACUGGCCUCUUAUCGAAGAGUCGGAGGUCAAAGAGGUCACGCUGAUGCAGCUGGACGAGGUUUUGAGAGCCAAAGGGCGCACGCAGGACCUCCUAAUGACCUCCGACCUGCUGAAAUAUAGCACUGACCUAGCAGUGGAUGAUUAGCGUGUUAAAGUGAUAGUUCAGCCAAAAAAGUUUUGUAAAUUUUAUUUUGACCUGCCGGAACCUUAUAGCCACCAUGCACACGCUUCAUUGUGAGGUAUUUUUGUCCAUUUUUUUUUUUUAUAUAUACCGAGGCGUGGCCUCUGUGUAGGUCAGUCUCAGUGGCAUGGAACUGCUCAAUGCUAACACACACACACACACACACACACAAAUGUUUUGGUUAAAGUGUUACUGUUUGCACAAUCCUCAGUCACAUCGCAAGGUAUUGAAACUGCGCUAAAAAUCAUACCUUGUUUACUUUUGCUAAUCUUUCAGUUUUAUUGUUUUGUUCAAACAGGGUUUUUAAACGGCCCACUCUUGCAGUAGUUUUUAAAUACGGUGAAAUCCUCGGAAUUGGUUUUAGCAGUCGAUGCUAACUGUAGUUUCAGUGCGAGUGUAGUAAUUUAGCUUUAAUCUGGGGUCGAUGUCGAUCUACCUGUCACAUUUCGUCCUGUUGCUGUCCCUUUACAUCGUUCCUAUCUGUAUUUCCCAGUUGCCUAGGCAACAACAGGAAUGGUGAGCGUAAUCCUGCGUCUGCUAAGUAAAUGAAUGUAAAUACAGGUAAAUGGAUAUGUAUAUAUUAGACUUCUAUACACUGUAAAGCAGAAAUUGACUCUUUAUCACAGUCACAAACGACUGUAGCUAUUGUCACGAUUACUCGACAUCUACCAACGCUCCUCCUCAGAUUUCUGCAUUCGAUCGACGGAUCUUAUUCCCGGCCGGAUGAAACACGCUGGGGAUUUUCUAACUCGACCCCGCGUCAUGAUGAAUUAAUGAGAUGCUACGUAUGUAAGUUUUCCUUCGAUCAGGUCCUUCAGCUGCCAGAUUUUUUAUCACUAGUUCGGCGCUAACAUCAGAAGGAUUAGGAUCAGCGAUGAGACUACCUCACCUGCGGAUGGAAUGGAAUGGAAUGAAAAUGAAUUGAAGGGAAUGAAGAUCAGCGUAGCUCCAAUUACACUGACUAACCGUAAUCAUUUUAGCUGAAUCCAGUUUUACACAACGGAUCAUCUUAAACGUGAAGAAGACGUUAUUACAUCAUGUGCGUUUGUACAAUUUCAGUACAAUCAUGUACUCUUAAACGUCUGUUGUUGUUGUUGUUGUUUGACUGGAUCUUAAAUUCACCACACUGCACUCUUCAGUCCCUUCAGGAUUUCACGAUUGCAGAAAUGAAAAGCAAACUCCGCAAUAUGCUUAGGAGCUUGCAGUUUUUUCGGAAUAAUCGCAGAUUUGGGCCGAGACGCGUCAUGUGACGUGCAUUCAGCCUUCUUCGAUUUACGUGCGUCGAACACGAGUACAGCGACGUCGAGCAUUUUUGGCCGCGACAAUCAACAAAAAAACUCUGAAAUCCUGUACGGACCGACUCUUAUUCUGUAUUUCUGCUUUUCAAUAAAUACAAACCAAAGCGUUUCUUACAACAAACGGAUGAUUUUUGUGUCUGGGGAAAGAUUUCUAAGAGCCAACGGGAACACAAGGUGAGAGAGAGAGCGAGUAACACCAAAGUGCUGUUUCCUUCACCGAGUGUGUUAUUUGUAUAUAUUUGGAAAGAUAUCGAAAGAUAAAAUAAAACAUCUGAGAUCGGAGUGUUAGUGAGUCAGCGGUCGCUCGAAGUUCUGCGCUAAGGACCAGGAAGCUGUUUUGCCGGAGAGCUGUCGUCGUGCCUUGGAGGGAAAUCAUUAACCGUCACUGUGCUAUGCGAGAGUUCUUUACACACAUCGUGAAUCAUAUACAUGUGAUUUAAAUUCAUGUGAAACGAUAUCGGCUGGAAUGAAACAGAUGGAACAAGCACACACAUUACGAUGUCAUGACCUUGGUUUACUCGCUGUCAGAGUAUGAUCUACAGGCGUCCCAGAAGUCUCCAUACACAGGGAUACGUUUGCCAGCACCAUGUCGGUUAUGUCUUCGUCAGCGGAUGUCCGUGGACGUUUUAAUUGUCCGGCGUCGCAACUGAACAUCCACAACUUUCCUCGCGUAAAAACAAAUCCCAACGUGACUAGUUGUUUUGUUCGGCAGGUUUUCAACUCGUCCGGCACGUUUUGGACAACGGAAUUGAAAGUGCUCGGACGUGUGGAGGAGCGUUUUCAUCUGUAGAACUGGACGUAGGAUCGCUCCAGCAGGAAGUAGCGCUGCAGCGGUGCCUGUUUGAGACCGUGCGCCUCCAGAGAGAAAGGGAACGAAGAGACGGUGACUCGAGGCAGCGGGAGAGUCAGCAGCCGUGUAAAACCCGUCAGUGCUGGCCUGGACGUCAGAGGAGGCAAGCGCAAUCCUGGAAAGAGCAAAGUCGCGAUUAACGCGUGUGUGUGUGUGUGUGUUUAAUGUAGGAUGCUGGAACAACACCUAAUGCUUAUAUGUGGUUGUUUCUGAAAGUCCUAAUUCUAUUACAGAGAGCAUUUCCUUUCAGAAGGGUGAUAUGAGACUGUCGUAGGAACAUAAUCAACAGCAGGGUGGUGUGAUGAUGCGUAUUUACUGUUACCACACCCAAGUUUAAUAUUCUCAUGUAACAGCACGUGGCACAAGUGUUUCAAUCCUCUUUGACCAUGAUUAAAGAAUGACACAUCA